UUGUUUUACUGACAUGUGUAUCUGCUUGGAAAAAUUUACAAUUGCAUUUUAAACAUUCCAGUGAUUUAAUUAAUUAUUUUAUUCGAAAAUUUAUCAGAAUUAACAUUUAGAGACAAAAUAAUUAUCAAUUUUGUCGGAGAAUUUAUACCAUUUAUUUUGUGACACGUGUGAAGAAUCAAAGAAACAAUAAACAGAAAAAGCUUAAUUUGACAGUUAAAAAUAUCAACGUUAAGAAACGAUGUUUAUAAAUAUAUUGUUAUUAUUCAUAUUUAUUUUAUCGAUAUAUUAUUAUUACGUACAUUAUGGAAGAAAAGGACGACUUCUUCAUCUUUUACCGGAACCUCCGAGCGUUCCAAUAUUUGGUCAUACAUUCCUAGUCCAAGUUUCAGCAGUGGAACAAUGGAAAUUAUUGUGUACACUAUGUGAUAAGUAUUAUCCUAUUAUGAAACUAUGGGGAUUACACUAUUUUAUUGUGUCUAUCCGUCAUCCAGAUGAUCUAGAGAAAAUACUAAGCAGCACUAAGCACAUCGAUAAAAGUCGUUUAUAUAAUUUGUUACAUCCCUGGUUCGGCACAGGUCUCCUUACCAGUACAGGCGUUAAAUGGCAAACACGGCGAAAGAUAUUAACUCCUGCAUUCCAUUUUAAUAUAUUAAAUAAGUUUGUUGAUAUCUUAAUCAAGGAAAGUGAUUGCAUGACAAAAUCUUUGAAUGAUGUCGGAGGGACAGUUGUGAAGGAUUUAUUACCAUUUAUUAGUGAAUAUACGCUAAACGCGAUAUGCGAAACUGCCAUGGGUGUCUCUCUGCAAAAUCUUGGCGAAUUCCAACAACAGUAUCGAAAUGCAAUUCACGAAAUAAUUGAAUUGUUAGUUUAUAGAGUAGCAAGGCCUUAUUUGUAUAAUGAUUUAUUAUUCUCAUUAUUAUCACAAGGAAGAAAACAAAAAAAAAUCUUAAAGAUAUUGCACGGAUUUACAGAAAAAGUUAUCGCGGAAAGAAAACUUUAUCAUGAUCGCACAGGUAAUCGAUUCUUAAAGAAUCUUGAAGAUGAUAAAGAGACGGAGACAGAAGAUGUUGAAGUAUUUGGAAUUAAAAAAAAGCGGCUAGCCAUGUUGGACCUUUUAAUAGCUGCAUCUCAAGAAAGUUCUUUAACUGAUUUGGACAUAAGAGAGGAAGUCGAUACUUUCAUGUUUGAAGGACAUGAUACUACAGCAAUGGGUAUAAUGUUUGCUUUAUUAUUAUUAGCUGAACACAAAGAUAUUCAGGAACGUGUGAGGGUUGAAGUUAAUACCGUGAUGCAAGAGAACGGAGGGAAACUUACCAUGAAAUCAUUGCAAAAUUUAUCAUAUUUAGAUAGAUGUUUAAGAGAAGCGCUACGUUUGUAUCCAAGCGUGUUUUUAAUAUUUCGAGAUACUGCGGAAGAUGUAAAACUACAUUCAUAUGUCGUACCUGCUGGAACGAUCAUACAUCUUAAUAUUUACGGAGUUCACAGAGAUCCUAAUUUUUGGCCAAAUCCAGAAGUAUUUGAUCCAGAUAGAUUCUUGCCCGAAAAAAUGCUGAAUCGUCAUCCUUAUUCCUAUCUGCCAUUCAGCGCAGGACCAAGAAAUUGCAUAGGUCAACGAUUCGGUUUGUUAGAAAUGAAGGCUAUGAUAGCUCCUUUGGUGCACAAUUUUUAUUUGGAGCCCGUUGAGUAUUUAAAGGAUAUUCAAUUGAAGCUCGAUGUAAUACUUCGUCCUUCUCAUCCGGUUCAUAUGAGAUUCAUCCCCAUCACACGAAAAUAGCCAUUUAAAACUAACACAAAUACUACAUAAGUAAAAUGAUUCAAAUAUGUUAUAAAAUUGGAUGGGAAUGUCGUAAAAGUACGAUUCGAACACUCUGCGCCAUCCUUGCUGAAAUGGCUGACUGCUUUUGCAAUGAUUUCAUGGUAAGUUUUCCUCCGUUCUCUUUCAUCACGGUAUUAACUUCAACUCUCACAC